CAAAACCACAAAAGCUAUUUGUCGCGAGUACCAAAAACCAGUGUUUCUCACAGUCAGGAACCGGCAUAUCCGACAACAAUUCCGGUCGAUAGAUGGACACGGCAUUGUCGGACGGAACCUCACCCUGUUUUCUUUACAAAGUAACUUUGCCAACUAUUCUUAUCGAAGGAGUUGGGUCGACGCAGUCUUUCGGUCUCGCCUGUAGUUAACAUAUUGCAAGUAACAGUAAAGCAUACCGAGUAUCCACUAUUGGGGUGGACAGUCCUGCCAUGGCGGCGAACAAGUCCAACCUUGUCGUCUUCCCCGACAACCUGCCCACCCCGCAAGAUAUGGGUUGGAUCGACGAGGACGAUGAAACGCAGGCUACCACAGCUCCGCCAUUUUUCCAGGAUGCUUGUGCCGUCCACGACGACGACGACUUUAGUGAAGAAUCGCGACUACAACACGGACAAGACUUGAGCCAGUCCGAACGCAAGUUUCGGCGGUUACGCUACGCCUUGGCGAGUUUGAAACUGCGGCGCCAGAAACCGUUCAUAGAGAACAGGGCCUUGGCUUGCCGUCAGGACGAAAGUACCGAAAGCUCUCCCACUCACUGCAGCCAGCAUCCAAACGAAGCUACCUGCGGCUGGGAGACGCAUUCAGAAACGGCCAAUGUCGUUGUCGAAAGCAAAGCUGGCAACGAUCGAUGGGAUCGCCCAUUUCGACGCAUGCGUCAUCGCAAGCCGUCCAAACCCAAAUUCCAUAGAGAUCUUUUGGUCGACCUAGAUAUCGAUUGCGGCAAUCACCUACAAGAUGUAUCACUUAAUACUUUUUUCCAACAAGGUCACUUGGAAAGCGCCAAAAAGAAGCGGGACGAUAUACUCUCUUUCGGAGAGAUCAAUGCCGAAACCCGUGGGACUAUCAUGUCCGGCUUGGCUGUAGAUUUUGACGACGGCUGUGCCCAGCUUGCAAUCCAGCCACAUCCUUUUGAACAUGGCACAGACGACGAUGUACGGGUCAAUGAAUGGAUACGAGACGACGAAUCAUUAGGGGUUGCCUUUUCACAUCCAGCGGCAGGGACUUCGGCGGUUUCACCGGAAUCCACCUGCAAACCUCGACCUCCUCUGCCGCAGUGGUUGGAAUCAACCAAUGACAGUGAUUGGGAGUGGUUAGAAUCAAGACAAGAUGAAGAAAGCGUGGAGGUGAUCUUAUCCAAUGUUUCGCCUGUAAUGAUUAAAAUUGAGAGUACCCACUGGGAGAAUGUCGGUCGAUCGUUCUCGCCAGACAUUUUUGACGAUGCGAUGAGCGAAUUUAAUCAAGCGAGUCCAACCGUGAAGGCUACUCCUUUGCAUAUUCCAAAGAAGAGUGAUGCUUCACGCCAAUCGCCCUUGCGCGUGAUAUCAGCAUUGCACGGUGAUUUUGAGGCUCCCUACGAUGAAAGCCAAGAAAAGUCAAGUUUUUUGGUAUCCUCGGACUACUCGCCGAAACGAGGCGACGUUCGCAAUAGUAACAUCCUUCCUGUUUUCGUCGCAUGAGCAAGCUCAUUUGGACGGAAAAGAUCAUUUCAUCGGCAACAGAAAGACACCACUUACUGUUGGUGAUGUCAAGAGAUGUUCGUAUUGUACGUCUAUAACAUUUACUUCAUAGCCUUCUACUUUGCUGUCGUA